GCGUCACAAAUGAGUAGAAGGUACGUUAAAAUAUCACAUAGACACGGUUAUACUCACAAUACACAAGACAGUAUGCCUGCAGACGCCGGGACGCGAGUAUUCGCUAUUAGUAUUUGUCGGUUUGAGCAUCGUAGCUCAAAAAGUAAAAAUAAAAAACCACUGGAAAAAUGGGCAAGUUAAAAUAUUACAUCGCCGCUUUGACGAUCACUGUGGUGGCGUUGGUUGUCUACCGAAAAACAACCGAUAACGUCAAACCGGAGGUCAUGACCGAGGAUGUGUGGUGGGGACGCCAAUCCGAACCCACAUCAAUAGAUGCCAAAGUUCGACCGUUUCAAAUAAAUAUUACGGACAAAGUACAUAAAUUACAUCGAUAUCUAUUAACUGUUAUUAUUAUUGCGAUGAGAAUAAUGUCGAGACGGGAUAGGAUUAUUAUUGUUUCUCGCUUGUGAUCCGGUUGAUUUUUUUUUUUUUUUACUUUGAAUCACCGAUAGGAUUUUCCGCUCAUCCACCCAUCCAACCUCAAAUGCAUUGGAAUUUGUCAAAUUUAUCAAAUUUCCGCAGUCUGAAAUUUUUUCAACGACUUGUUUUGUAAAAAUGUAACAAUUUUUGUUAUAUUCCUGAACACCCACCACCUAAACGGUUUUUUUGUGGAUCGCGCGAUUCAAAUAUACCUCCUUCGAGCCGUCACUGUACGUAGCAAUUAUGAAUUUGUUUUGAAUAAAAAUGUUGAUAUUACCUACAAAUAUUUACUAAUGAUGAUGGCUUUUUUCAUAACAAUUUGAUACUUAUACGUACCGAUAGGUUAUAUACUGCAGAUAGAUUAUACCAACAUUUUCAGUCUAUCGUUUUUUUUUUUCUCUCAACUGUUGAUUUCAUUUACACGAACCUAUAUUUCCAAUCUCGAUAUGUUUAGGUAUUGUAAUAUUAUACCUAUACGAUUCAAAUAAAAUAAUUAUUUAUUUUUGAAAAUCGUUGACAUUUUCUCAUCCCAGACCAUAUUGUUGUAGAAUUUAUUAAUAUAGUGUACUAAUAUUGUUAGAUCAUCUAGAUCUAUAAGUUUUCGAUACCUAUAUACAUUUGACUUUGUGUGUACAGGUUACAAAAGAUCUUAAAAACAGAUUGUCCAACAUCCGACCGCUGGUUAAACCGCUGGAAAAUAUAAAUUUCGAAUAUGGAUUCAACAGUGAUCAUCUGAUGAAAAUCAUCGACCACUGGUUGAAUCGUUACGAUUGGACGGCCAGACAGGCGUACCUGAACACGAUGCCCCAGUACAAGACCAGAGUUUACGGUCUCGAUUUGCACUUCAUACACGCCAAACCGCGUAUAUCUUCCUCGGGUAAAAUCCGAACGUUACCACUGCUAAUGUUACACGGAUGGCCGGGUUCGGUGGUAGAGUUUUACAAAAUUAUCCCGAUGUUGACGGAGCCCAAAUCCGGCGACUACGAUUUCGUGUUCGAAGUGAUCGCUCCGUCGUUACCAGGCUAUGGAUUUUCGGACGCGGCCGUGAAACCCGGAAUGGGUCCCGCACAGAUUGGUCAAGUUUUCGUCAAACUCAUGGAGAGACUGGGUCACAAAAAGUUUUACGUCCAUGGCGGCGAUUGGGGAGCGGUCAUAACUGAUGCUAUUUCAAAGAUAUUUCCCGAUAGGUAGAUAACCACUCGUAUUUAUAUAACGUCAAACGUGAAUACGUUACGGGGCCGUGGGGUCGCGGGGAUAAUAAAGAGGGGUUUGUUUCGAAAUGAAAAAAAAAAAAACAUUUUAUGACCGACCGAAUAUAUCUGCGCUAAAUUAAAUAUUAACCAAAAGAUUUAUUUUGUAUACGGCUUAUAAAAUGUAUUUAACUGGAACAGUGUAAUAUUUAGUUGUUUUUUUUAAAGACAUCGUAAAAUAUGUUGAUGAGUCACGUCACUGAGGAUUGUUAAUCAAUUAUUUAACUGCAUUCGUUUUUUCACUAAAGGGUAUACGGUAUGCACUCCAACAUGUGUACUGCGUCUUUGACGUUGUGCGAUUUCACUAAAUUGGCGUUUGGAACGUAUUGGCCUUCGUUGAUCGUUAGUACCGAAACCGAAAAAUCGAAAAUAUAUCCGUUGAGUAAAUUAUUUUCGUCGUUUUUAGAAGAAUCUGGAUACAUGCAUUUGCAAAUGACAAAACCCGAUACAGCGGGUACUUUAAUUCAAUUAUUGAUCUUGUUUUCAAUGAAAUAAUAUUAUAGGUACCUAAUUCAAAUUUCAGGAGUCGCUCUGAACGAUUCGCCGGUCGGGUUAGCGGCUUAUAUCUUAGAAAAGUUCACCACCUGGACUAAUGCCGAGUGGAAACAUUUGCCAGACGGUGGCUUGUCAAAGUACAACUUGGAUGAACUUUUGGACAACGUUAUGAUUUACUGGGUUACCAAUUCCAUGACCACAUCGAUGCGCCUGUAUUCGGAGUUUGCCAGUAAAAAAUAUCAGUCACUACCCCAUAUCAAGUACCUACACAGUUUAAAUACAAUUGGUCACGAAUUCGCUUGUUUGUUUAUUAUUAUUAUUAUUUUUUUAUUUUUAGUGCUCGAGUACAAGUACCCGCUGCUUGCGCUUUGUUCCCAAAUGAGAUGCCUAUGGCGUUGCAGCUGAAAAAACUAUUACAACGUAAAUACAUAAAUUUGAUCAGUUCUACAGAAAUGAAGGAAGGUGGACAUUUCGCUGCGUUCGAACAACCUAAACUAUUAUCCGAGGAUAUUUGGUCAUCAAUAUUUCAAAUGGAAACUAUUAAAAAUUAAAAUUGUUUGUAAUAUUUAUUACGUUUGCAUUAUAUAAUUUUUUUAAAUGGUUUUUUUUUUCUUUUUAAAAUUAUAUUCUGUCCAAUGUGUUCUUUUGUAAUUUGCGAUCACCUAUAACCGGAAGUGAUUCUAGUCUCGUUGGCUUUUUAAUUGUAUUUUCUGGUGAUAAACGCCUGUGGCCUGUAAAA